UCCAUAUGUGGUCGACUAGAAGUAGUUGGAAGUAUAUACAGUGGUUGUCUUAUCGUAGCUUGAGUUAUGGAACGACAGACUAUUUAACUGUUCAUGACAACGCUGUAGCACGUUAUGCCAAGAAAGAACCCAAAAAGCAUACCAUCAACCAACUCAUCCAGUUUGGCAAACAGUUGAAUGAACAAAAACUCAUCCAAAGUGCACGUUUUGUGCAUCAAGAGCUUCCAGUUCGAUUGGCUCAUCGUAUUAUAGACUUGAGAUCCUUACCUUAUUAUGUAGUAUGUGGUCCUAUCAAGCGGAUAUACGAUGUAUAUGUAGAAGCCUUCGAAUCUGUUCGUAAUUUCCGUAAGAUACAAGACUUGCAAGAUGAAAAGGAAUUUACUGUACUUUUGAAGCAUUUAGUAGACGAAAGUGCCAACGUUGUGGAGUUAUUAGCACACGGACUUCGCUUGGCGUUAUUAAGAGCUUCUCAAAGAGAACACUUGGAUUUAGACUCUUUUGUAGACCAAAUGCUUAUAUCACGUAUUGGUCGACGUAUGAUUGCUGAACAACAUGUUAUGUUGCAUGAAAGUCGUCCAGGCUUUGUUGGAGUUAUCAAUACUCAUUGCUCACCACAACAGUGUCUGGAUAUUGCCUAUCAAGAGUGUAGUCGUAUUUGUUUUCGACAGUAUGGAGUUCAAGUGCCUGUACAGAUUCGAGGCUCAGUAUCUACUAUUCCUUAUAUUCCUUAUCAUCUUCAUUAUAUAUUGUUGGAAUUGUUAAAGAAUUCCAUGAGAGCGGUUGUAGAAAGACACUUGUCACAAAAUCAUCAUAAAAAUGGCUUGUUAUUAUCUAAAGAUAACAUGCCACCUAUUGAAGUAUUGUUGACAGAAGGUCCUAAGCAAGUCACCAUUCGAAUUAGCGAUCAAGGAGGCGGCAUUGCAUUGGACAUCUUAUCCAGUAUUUUUCGUUAUGGAUUUUCCACUGUUAAUCGUCUCAGAGAGGAAGAACAAGGAGGAGGAAACUUGGGAGGGGAAUGGGAUCGUUUAGUACAACGACAGUCAGUGGAUGGACCUAUGGCAGGUUUAGGUUUUGGACUUCCACUUUCCAAGUUAUAUGCACAAUACUUUGGUGGCAAUUUACAGUUGGUAUCGAUGGAUGGAUAUGGAACAGAUGUAUAUGUUCAUUUGGAUAGAACUGGUGAUGUAUUAGAAGGAGUAGAAAUUUAAUACUUGUUAGGAAAUGUUUAUGUUUUCUCUGCUUUUUCAAGCAGAAUAAACAUAAUAAUAGAAAUGAUGAUUUUAGGUUUGUC